AUGCCACCUUUUUUUGUUUUGGCGGGCGAUAGUACGACAGCAACCCAAUCCUCGGAUGGUGGGGGUUGGGGUGACGGCUUCCUAAACACUACACUGUUCCACGGCGCAACUGGUCACAACUAUGGACAUAAUGGGGCCACGACAGUCAGCUUUCGAGCCGGAGGCGAUUGGAACAAAGUUCUAUCAACGGUCAAAAACGUUAGCCAAGCUUACCACCCGUUUGUCACCAUACAAUUUGGUCACAAUGACCAAAAGGCAGCCGCAAAUAUCUCACUCUCACAAUACACGGAGAACUUAGAGCGCUUUGUGACAGACGCCGUCGAUGCUGGGGCUACACCUAUUCUUGUAACACCAUUAUCAAGGCGCAAUUAUAACACCUCUACAGGGCAACCAAGGAUCAUCGAAGACCUGGCAAACCAAGCCAACGCCACGAUCACUGCUGCACAUAAUACUGGCGCGUCCUUUAUUGAUCUCAAUAGAGAGAGCACCAGAUAUCUUAAUGCCAUUGGACCGACGGAUGCCUACACUUAUAAUCUAAUUGCUGCCGACCACACCCAUCUCAAUAUUGCUGGUAGCAUUGUGUUUGGAGGGAUCGUUGCUGAGUUGAUCCAACGGCAGUUCCAUGAGUUGAAAGAAUCAGGCUUUGUUCGGGUCAAUGGGACAUUGAAGAAGGAUGUUGACCACGGUGUAUACUACUGGCCUUAA